CUCAGUAGUGUGCGUGAAGAACUGCUGUGCGCUUCGUCGCUCUCGAUUCUGGCUCUCGCCUGCAUUCGGUAACUCGAAUUCUCGUUCGAUUUAUAACGCUUAACAUCGCCAAUACAUAUCUAUAUAAACCUUAUAAUAUAUAUUGAUAAAGUUUCUUUGGUGGCAUCGUCGUUCGUCGUCGUCGUCGUCGUCGUUGUUUCGCCUGCACUUUAAAUACGGGCAGAGCAGUAUCGAGCGCGGCGAGUAGCUGCCUGGCAUCUAGUACAUCGAAAGCUGCCGCUGUGUGUGAACUUUCACAAAUUUACAGUCUCUCGGAGAGUCAGAUCGGAGCAGCAGCGCUUCUUCUUCCCAGCUCGCUCAGCGGCGGCCCUUCGUUCGCAUCCCAGCGUAUACCUGCACACGGAGUACACACCGUCCGGGAGCAAGCAUCGUCGUAGACGUGCCAAAGGGCUCCGCAGCAGCAGUCGUCGUCGCAGUAGUUUCGCGAAUUACACGCGCAUAGACCAGAAGAGCUCGCGUCGGCGGCCCAACAUCGAGCAGACAACGCGCUUCACUCGUUGCAAAGCUUCAUCGUCCCCGUUCUAUGGCGUUCUUGAGAAGGCUCCAUCGAUGCCUGUCCGCGAAGCAGCUCCAGCAGGCGGUGGUGCGCGAGCGUACGAGCACCGCCGCGGCCACGGCCACCACCUCGGCCCCGGUGCAGGCUGAGAUCCAGAGCAAUGCCGCGGCCGGUGGCGCCGACCGCAGCGGCCAGGUCGACCUGCUCGAUCUCAAAUUCAACGACCCGGUGGCGUCCUUCAAGAGCAAGACCAUGACCGAGCUCGUCAGGGCUUACGUCGUCUACCAGCUGUGCAGCUUCGAGCUCAUCGUCGAGAACAACGCCAAGUUGAUGAAAUUAAUGCAAAAUGUCAUGGGAGAAAGGUUGUUUGCUUUCGUCAUGAAAAACACCUUUUACGGACAUUUCGUAGCUGGUGAAGAUGAAGUCAAGAUAGCCCCGGUAUUGGAUAGGCUGCGUCAGUUUGGCGUUAAACCAAUCCUCGAUUACUCUGUCGAAGAGGAUCUUUCACAGGAAGAGGCUGAACGUCGUGAAGUCAAAGCCUCCGUGUCCGAAGCUGGUGAUGAGAAAGGUUCAGGAACAUUGAAAAAAUACCAUGUUGACAAAUCAUUUGCCGACAGACGUUACAAAGUAUCCUCAGCCAGGACAUAUUUUUACCUCAAUGAAGCUUCGUGUGAAAGAAAUAUGGAUAUUUUCAUAAGAUGCCUUGAAGCUGUAGCAAACAAAUCCUACGGCACAGGUUUCACAGCUGUCAAACUGACAGCUUUAGGAAGACCACAGCUUCUUCUUCAAUUGUCCGAGGUAAUCAUGCGAGCUCGUCAAUACGUCUCUGACGUGGUCGGUGGAGACGGUGCCGUUUUGGCUCAUCACGCCAAGACCGAAGUGCUAGAGAAAAAAUUCAGAGAAGCACAAAUUCGAGAAUCUGCACCUGUACAGAAAUUCUUAGACAAAAUUCAAUCCGACAAGGAAGGAAAAAUGAUUCACUUGUUCCCGUGGAGCGGUAUUCUUGAUGAGAACUACGAACUAAGCGAGACCUUCCAAGUACCGGAUAUCAAGACGGGUAAAAUGGUCAAACUCAUUACUCAGCUCACAAGCAAGGAGGAAGAAAUGUUCCGCAACAUGGUCAGACGCCUUAACAAUAUUGUUGCUGUUGCAGACAAACUAGACGUCCGCAUAAUGAUCGAUGCAGAACAAACGUACUUCCAACCGGCUAUCUCCCGAUUGACACUAGAGAUGAUGCGCAAGUACAAUACAAAAAGGGCUGUAGUGUUCAACACCUAUCAGACGUACCUCAAGGAUGCUUAUACCGAAGUCAAGACUGAUCUCGAGCAAUCCGAGCGACAGAACUUCUACUUUGGCGCCAAACUCGUGCGGGGCGCUUACAUCGAGCAGGAGAGAGCUCGAGCUGCUGCAAUGGGUUAUACUGAUCCAACGUGUCCAAGUUACGAAGCGACGACAGAGUCCUAUCACAAAACCCUUAUGGAAUGUUUGCGAAGGAUGAAACAAUACAAGGACAAAGGCGAGGAUCCCAAGAAGAUUGGAAUCAUGGUGGCUUCGCACAACGAAGAUACCGUACGAUUCGCCAUCGAAAAGAUGAAAGAAAUUGGAAUUUCUCCCGAAGAUAAAGUCAUAUGCUUUGGUCAGCUUUUUGGCAUGUGCGACUAUUUAACAUUCCCCUUGGGUCAAUCGGGUUAUUCUGCGUACAAGUACAUACCGUAUGGACCAGUGAAAGAAGUCUUACCGUACCUGUCACGUCGAGCCCAAGAAAAUCGUGGUAUACUUAAAAAAAUAAGGAAGGAAAAGAAACUCUUGUUGUCCGAAAUUACAAGACGUUUAGCACGAGGUCAAAUCUUCUAUAAGCCCAAAGGGAAUUAUACACCCGUGUGAACGGCCCCCACGACAAAAUAAUGUUACGUAUGUGAUUCGGGGAUCUCUAAAAAGCAUCUAGUUAAUCCAUUUGUGAGUUUUCACCACUCGAAACGCUUACGUAAAUAGGGUAAACAAAAUUACGACCGUUACUGAUGGAAGAAACUGGGAAAGUAUAAAAAAAAAACAAUAAAUACAAAAAGCCUCUAUUAAAAAAUUACAAAAAGUAUGAAAAAAAUAAGAAAAAUAAAUGAAUAUAGGAACGAUAAAAUGUAAUUGCGACGAAAAAAAAUAUUAUGCUUGGAUACUUCUGAAUGCAAUACCAUUUAAACGUGAAUUUUUAGUAGCAGUAUGUUCCGAAAUGGCUAUGAAAUUUUUUAGAUGUGUAUAUACCUGCGUAUACCGAUUACUUGUAUACACACUUACUCAGUUAAUAAUUAUUGUGAGUUUUAUUAAGGAGUAAUUUUAUUGUUGUAGUUAAAUUCAAAACUUUUCGUCUUUGCUAUAAAGUUGCAAAUCAUAGUUCAAGUAUAGGUUUAGUACUUCUGCACAACAGAUUAAAAAUAAUAUAUUUCAGUACUUUUUUGAUUUCUAAUUCUAUACCGCCGUUAGCCAUUUAUUAUAUUUCAACAUCAAUUAAUUACCAUCUUUGAAUAAUUAAAACAAGUAUCGUUUCGAAAAUGUAGAAGAACGUAUAAAUGUACGUGAAUGCUGAUAAACUACGUAUUAUGUUAUGUUGGAUACUGCGCCUGACCAUUCAGAAGUGUCCAACUAAUUUUAAUGAAAAGAAGGAGAGAGUUACCUAGGACUUGUUGUAAGUUUAUGCGAGAAUAUAAGGAAAAAAUUUAACUAAACAAAAAUAAUAAUAAAUCACGGCUACUCUGAACGCUGGUAAACGUUCAAGUCGGUUAUUAAACGACGAUUGCGGUUUAAACACUCUUGGUCGGCAUAAGUAAUGUGCAUGUGUUUUGUGUACUGUUAUCGAUUAUUUCGGUAAUAUUAUUUUACGAUGUUUAUUUCUGUGAAAAAGGAUGCAUUUGUGUACUUGUACUCUAGGAAAUUUGAUUUAUGGUUUCAGCGUUUACUUGAUUGAUACUUGUUAAUUUCGUACGGUUUAUCAGAAAUAUAAAUUUCAAAGUGAUCCGUAUUUUAAAGUUCAAGUAUCUUGCAGGAGGCUUUUUAAAAUUUUCAUGAAGUCUUAAUUAGUUUAUUUUCAAACAUUUUUUAAGAGAAUUCGUACAUAAAUGUUACGUAUCGUUUAUAUUCGACCAUUCCACCGAAAAUAAAAAUUUUCGCUGCAAAUUAUUUGAUAAUCGCGAUUUGGUAUAUCACGAAGUGACACGAGUGCCAGUUGACUUAAGACGGAAUAAAACGACUUAAUGACUGUGAAUCUUGUAAACAAGAAGUACAAUGCUUUACGAAGACUACGAUAUUAUUUUAGACGUAUUGCUUUUAUAUAUGUCAAUUCGUUGAGGCAGUAAGUGUAAUACAAUCAAUCCACGUAUCCUAUUACUAUUUUUGCUUAGGUAAAUAAAAUUAUGAUAUUAAAAUGAAUUAUGCUAAAAAGUAUGAGGGGCUAGGUACCCACUUUGUGCAGUUUUUUAUCAUUACUUUUGUAAUAUUUCAUCAUGAGUGUAUGCUAUAUCUACUUCUUCAAUAAUCGACGAUGCACCUGUUUACAUUUAUGUUCAAGUUGAUAUAUCUUCUUAUACUUAGAAAAAAUGAUGUAAAAUUUGGUAUACAUUUUUAUUUGGAUAUUACCGUUUUAUCAUGUCAAAAUUGAAAAAUUUGAAAAAUGAUAUUUUUAUUUGAAAUAAAGGCGCAUUGUUAACGUUACUUAAAAAAAUUUGCCUGACAAGUAAUUAUUGUGAGAUUGUUGAUGGAUGAUAUUAUUUUACGGUGCAAUUAUAUUCCUAUUUAGUUAGAAAAAAUAUUGUUACGAUUGUAUACGAUUUUUAGUUUUUUCUUAGCUUGAAAAAAAAAGAAAAAAAUUGAAAGCUUCGCAUUAGUCCUGGUCUGAAGCGGUGCUGACAAUAAUAGAAUGCAAUUGAUAAUGUCAUUUAUAUACAUAACAUGUGAAAUGAUUGUAUAAUUUUAAUGAGCUAAGCUCUUAUACUUAUACGGUAUAUAAUAUACAAUACGCGGAUAGUUACAUUUUUGAAGUACGUACUUAUUAGUCAUAUUAGAUAGAAAUUUGCUACUCGAAGUAACAAAUAUUGAUAUAUUUGAUUGGUGUUACGUUAUAAUUAUUAUGAAAUACCUUAUAUAUACACGAAACGUUAUUUCAUUUUUAUUUUUUUGCCAAUUUUAAUUGCAAAAUGUAGAUUUGAAAAUUGUGACCCAUGAUCUAUCACUGAUUGUGUAUAUUGAAGCCUUAUUUACAGUGUGAUAAUUAUUUUUCAGUUUAUUUUAAUGUUGAAAUAAAAAUUCCAAAGAAAAAAGUUUAAUAGCAAAAAAGUA